AUUGUAUGGCGCACUCAAAUUCUAAAAAUUUAUUUUUUCACUUCUGUAAUACAAUUUGUACCCGUCUUUGCAUUCGAGGAUCCAACAUCUUAUCUCUAUCGCCGGCAAAGGGAAUAAAAAGAGUUAAAUACAAUAUAAACAUUAUAAAACUUUCCUUUUCUUUGAACUGUUGGUACAUUUCGCGUGGGUGUAAGGGGGAACAGAAAAUCGUUUUAUUCUUCAAGAACAGAUGUAUCGAUUGCAUAGCAGGAAUCGCAUGCAUCGAUUAUUUGACAUCGAUUGUGGCCAGCUCGGCAGACGGGAGACCAGGAGAGCUCCGCCGACGUCCAGACGAGCGAGGCCAGCCCUCAGUGUGAACAUCAGCCUGCCAUGCCCACCUCCUGCGCUGUCGUGCUGUCCUGGUCGCUCCUGGUGCUUGCAGCGGUCCACGGCUGCCACGGAGAGCUGGGGGAAGCGGAGGCGACCAAGCUGCUGGGGUCCCUGCAGGGGAUGGUCGAGGCGCUGGGCUGUCUGGAGGGCGCGGUGCAUGACUCCCGGCGCGCCAGCGGGCGCCACGGCGACUCUCUGGCCUCCUUGGCGGCCGUCCCUGCAGCGGUACGAUCACUCUCAGAAGAUGUUAAGAAAAUGAAAAUUGAACUGGCCAAUAAGGAGAUAAAGGUGAUGUACCUAGAAGACAAACUGACGCAGUCCCAAAAACAACUUAAUAAAAUGGCUGAGAAUGAACAACGUCUCAACCUAAAAGGGAGAGACCUGGAGGACAAACUGACCAAGUCUCAGCAGCAACUGGAGAUACUGACUGAGAACGAGAAACGUCUUAACCAUGCUGUGACAGACCUGGAGAACAACCUGGCGCAGUGCCAACACAAGAUUGAGAAACUGUCUGAGAACGAGACACUACUCACCCAAAACGGGAGAGACCUGGAGGACAAACUAACCAAGUCUCAGCAGCAACUGGAGAUACUGACUGAGAACGAGAAACGCCUUAACCAUGCUGUGAACAGACUAGAUAUGGAGUGCAAAGAGCAAAACAUAGAAAGCGCUCAUAAAGUGACAGACCUGGAGAACAACCUGGCGCAGUGCCAACACAAGAUUGAGAAACUGUCUGAGAACGAGACACUACUCACCCAAAACGGGAGAGACCUGGAGGACAAACUGACGAAGUCUCAGCAGCAACUGGAGAUACUGACUGAGAACGAGAAACGUCUUAACCAUGCUGUGAACAGACUAGAUACGGAGUGCAAAGAGCAAAACUUAGAAAGCGCUCAUAAAGUGACAGACCUGGAGAACAACCUGGCGCAGUGCCAACACAAGAUUGAGAAACUGUCUGAGAACGAGACACUACUCAACCAAAACAUUCAGGUUCUAAAUGCAGAGUGCAAGGCGAAAAAUGAAGAGAUCAAUUUAAAAGGGAGAGACCUGGAGGACAAACUAACCAAGUCUCAGCAGCAACUGGAGAUACUGACUGAGAACGAGAAACGCCUUAACCAUGCUGUGAACAGACUAGACAUGGAGUGCAAAGAGCAAAACAUAGAAAGCGCUUUUAAAGUGACAGACCUGGAGAACAACCUGGCGCAGUGCCAACACAAGAUUGAGAAACUGUCUGAGAACGAGACAUUUCUGAACCAUAAGAUUCAAUAUCUGAAUGCAGAGUGCAUGGCGCAAAUUGAAGAGAACAAAAAUAAAGGGAGAGACCUGGAGGACAAACUGACCAAGUCUCAGCAGCAACUGGAGAUACUGACUGAGAACGAGAAACGUCUUAACCAUGCUGUGGCAGACCUGGAGGACAAACUGACGCAGUGCCAACACAAGCUUGAGAAACUGAGAACGAGCCACGUCUCAUCCUUCAGUUGUUUAUCCACGGUGCACGAACUAAAAGAAGAGUGUGCAGCCAAAAAUGAAGAGAAAAAUCAUGAGGUGACAGACCUGGAGGACAAACUGAUGAGGUCUCAACAAGAGCUAGACAAACUGCAUGAGAACGAGAAACGUCUCAACGACACUGUGGGGCUUCGGUGCAAGAAAGGCGACUGUGUGCCCAAGCAGGAGAUCACGCAACUGGUGCAGCAGUACGGGCGCUCGCGGGACUGGGCGGCCCUGAGGAGCGGACUGGAGGCCGCCCUGGACCGCGCCGGCGAGGAGCACGGGCAGCUGCAGGACGUGGCCCGCGGGCAGGGCGACCCCCUGCAGCAGCUGGGCAGGGACGGCCACUGGGAGCUGGCCGCGCUGCUGCUGUGCCACGGCCUGCCCGUGGACGGCGCGGUGACCCCGCGGGGCGGCGCGCUGCUCGACGUGGCGGCGGAGGCCGCGCGCCCGCGCCUCGUGCAGCUGCUGCUGGACCGCGGCGCAGACCCGGGGGCCGCGCGCGGCGCGCUGGGCAUGACCCCGCUCAUGUGGGCCGCGCAGGGCGGGGACCCCAGCGCCGUGCGGCGGCUGCUGCGCGCCGGGGCGGACCCCGCGCGCCGGCGCGCCGACGGCAGCACGGCCCGGGACCUCGCCGUCCGGUUCGGCCGCGACAAGGCGGCUGCGGUCCUGCAGUCGCUCUAG